AUGGAUUCAUCCACAACAGCUACCAAUAAGGUUACUUUAAUACCCAUUUUACACUUAUAUUUAUAUGCUGGAUAUUCAUCUUGCUUCCGGAAAGAAGCUGGCUCACAUGGUCAUGACACUCGUGGACUCUUCCGUGUUCAUGAGUUUCAGAAAGUUGAACAGUUCUGCAUCACCAGCCCAAAUGGAAAUCAAUCGUGGGACAUGCUUGAAGAGAUGAUAAAAAACUCUGAGGAGUUUUAUCAAAUGUUGAAAUUACCUUAUCGUGUAGUCUCUAUUGUCUCUGGUGCACUAAAUGAUGCUGCAGCAAAGAAGUAUGACUUGGAAGCAUGGUUCCCUGCAUCCAGCACUUACAGAGAACUUGUGUCUUGUUCAAAUUGCACUGAUUACCAAUCGAGAAAGUUGGAGAUCAGAUUUGGGGAGAAAAAGAGCAAUGAACAAACAAAGCAAUACUACCAUUUAUUGAAUUCUACACUCACAGCAACAGAGAGGACUAUCUGUUGCAUUCUUGAGAAUUACCAAAGGGAAGAUGGUGUUGAAGUGCCUCAAGUGUUACAGCCGUUUAUGGGUGGGAAAAAAUUUAUCCCUUUCCAAGCUCCUCCUGUUAAAGCAACGAAAGGAAAGAAAUCAAAGUAG